AUGACUCUUCAGGAGCUGGUGAAUCAGGCAGCUCGUCUGUACUCUGAUAGAAAAGCAGUUUGGUUUGAUGAAUGCAAUGACAAACCUCCAACUUUCUACACAUAUGCGACGGUGGUUAAGCUUGCCAUGGAAUUAACAGCUUUCCUUCAAAAGCACUGUAAUCAGCAAGGAAAAUGUGAAAUAGGCCUUUACUGCUAUCCAGGAAUUAACUUACCAUCUUGGAUCAUAGGAAUCCUUCAGGUUCCAGCUGCCUAUUCUCCUAUUGAUCCAGAUGCACCACCAAUGUUAUCCACUUAUUUCAUGAAGAAAAGCAAUCUCCAAUAUGUUCUUGUUGAGAAUGACAAAAUAAAUAAAUUCCAGAUGUCCCAUGUUGGUUGGUUUUACCACAGUUCUUCCACAAUAAAACAUCUUGGGGUAACUCUCUUCCAAGUGAGCUCAAGCAACACUGAUUUAAAUUCACAAGUAGAUGACGUGAAAAGUAAAUAUGAACCUUUCAAAGCUACGAGUAACUCACAGCCAGGAUAUACUGUUUGCCCAGAUCAAACCAAAGUAGAAACAUCAGAAGGAAGAUACACGGACAUUGGCCAGAAAUACUCUUUAGCAUACAUCUUGCAUACAUCAGGAACUACAGGGAUCCCCAAAAUAGUCAGAGUGCCUCAUAAAUGUAUAGUGCCAAAUAUUCAGCAUCUUAAAUCCAUAUUUGAGAUCACACAGGAUGAUAUGCUAUUCCUGGCUUCUCCUCUAACAUUUGACCCAUCUGUGGUUGAACUGUUCAUUGCUCUGACAAGCGGAGCCUCUAUCCUUGUAGUACCAAACACUAUUAAAAUGAUGCCUGUGGAGCUGUCUGCUGCUCUAUUUCACCAUCACCAUGUGACAGUGUUGCAGGCAACACCAACACUUCUCAGAAGGUUUGGAGCUCACAUUAUUAAAUCAACAGUGUUGUCUGCAAAUACUUCACUCCGUGUCUUAGCCCUUGGCGGUGAAGCAUUUCCUGUACUGAAUCUCUUGAAAAGUUGGAAGCACAAGGAGAACAAAACAAGUAUUUUUAAUCUGUAUGGUAUUACCGAAGUGUCAAGUUGGGCCACGUGCUACAAGAUUCCUGAAGAGGUUUUUAGUCCUGAUUUUAGAACGGACUUCCCUAUACCUUUGGGAUCACCGCUCCUAGGAACAAAAGUUGAGGUCAGAGAUACCAGCGGUUCGGCAAUUCUGGAAGGCGAGGGACAAAUAUUUAUAGGUGGUGAAGAACGAAUCUGCUUUCUUGAUGAUGAAAUAAAUGUACCCCUGGGCACAAUGAGAGAAACAGGGGAUUUUGUAAAAGUACAGAAUGCAAAGUUGUUCUUCUUGGGUCGGAAAGACAAUCAGAUUAAACGUCAUGGCAAACGUUUUAAUAUUGAGUGUUUGCAGCAGGCUGCUGAAGAUCUUUGUCAGGUAGAAGCCUGUGCAGUGACCUGGUAUCAGCAUGAAAAGCUUGUCCUGUUUGUUGUACCCAAAGAUGAUUUAAAAAAGAAAGAAACACUUAAAGAACUCCAGAAACAUCUACCAGCUCAUGCAGUCCCUGAUGAGCUUGUACUGAUUAAAGCUUUGCCUUUGACAACACAUGGCAAAGUUGAUAUAUCUGAACUGAACAAGAUUUACCAGAACCAUCUAAACUCCAGAAGGCGUGACAGUAAGCUGAGUGGCGCAGAGGAAUUGUGGGAAAGAUUGCAGUAUUUAUGGAAGUCUGUUCUGGGUCUCCUCGGUGAUUCCACCAGAAUUUCUAAAGAUGCGGUAUUUCUGUACAGUGGUGGAGACUCCUUAAAGGCUCUACAAUUUUAUGAUGAAAUUGAGAUGCUAGUAGGCAAAGCUGUGCCUGGACUUCUUGAAGUUAUUCUCAGCUGCUCGAUUGAAGAGGUUUAUAGACAUAUUCGUAAAAUUCUGUUUCCAGAUGAAGACCAAUUAAUGAAUUAUGACAAUAUUGUGAAAAGAAAAUUAAGUGGGAACAGUGGAGAGGAGUUUCAUGGAAAAUAUAUUAAACUGAAAUCUGAAAGAGAUCUUGAGGUUGCUUCAGUGUUAACUUCAUUUAUUGCACUAAGCAGAGGAAAUCAUCUUUUUUCUGUGAAUUUCACCAAGUCUUUUAUGCAGCCCAGUAAUACAGUACAGGUAGGAGUGGAAAUGCUGCAGCAACCGUCCUUUCUGCAUUUACUCACUCCAAGUGUAACAAAAAGCCAUGCGCAAGGAUGUGAAAUGGAGAACAGAACUUUAACAGUUACGAACAAGGCAAAUAAAACAGACUGUUGCUCUGUCCAGCAAGUCCAUGCAGAAUGUAGUCACGUAACAAUGGCAGAGUUGGCAUUAUGCAUAAGAUGGAAGUCAAAUACAAGAAAAUGUGUUGAUGCAUCACCACUGGUUAUAAUACCAUCUAAAGAAGAAGCAUCUGCAUCUGUAUAUGUCGGCUCUCACUCUCAUGCAAUGCAAGCAAUUGAUCUAGAUUUGGGAGAAAUAAAAUGGGAGAAGAACCUUGGAGGUCGUAUUGAAUCUUCUGCCUGCGUAUCUAAGUGUGGAAAUUUCAUUAUUGUUGGUUGUUAUGAUGGUUUAGUGUAUGUGCUUCAAAGCAAUGAUGGAGAAAUACACUGGACUUUUGUUACAGAAGAUACUGUGAAGAGCUCUGCAGUUGUAGACCCUUCCAGUGGACUAGUCUACGUAGGAUCACAUGACCAACAUGUGUAUGCUUUGGAUAUUUAUAAAAGGGCAUGUAUAUGGAAGUUACAUUGUGAAGGUGGAGCUGUGUUCUCAUCUCCUUGUCUAAGUUCUUUUCCACAUCAUCUUUAUGUUGCUACACUAGGAGGACUAUUAUUGGCUGUAAACCCAGUGAUGGGGAAUAAGAUUUGGAAAAGCUUCCUGGGAAAACCACUAUUCUCCUCUCCUCACUGCAAUGAGAAAUACAUUUGCGUUGGGUGUGUGGAUGGAAACGUAUAUUGUUACACUCAUUCUGGAGAAAAGGUUUGGCAGUUUUCCACUAAUGGACCAGUGUUUUCAUCUCCAUGCAUCUCAAGUUUAACUAAGCAAGAAGUAUUUUUUGGCUCCCAUGAUUGCUUUAUCUACUGUUGUAACAUGGAGGGUAAUUUACUGUGGAAAUUUGAAGCCACUUCAAGUGUGUAUGGAACACCAUUUGUUUUCCAAAGUGAUGACUUAAAGAACAGAAUUCUUUUGGCAGCAGUAUCUACAGAUGGCAAAGUGUGGAUCCUGAAUGCCAAGAGUGGAACAGCAGAAGGAACAGAUAAGCUUCCAGGAGAGGUUUUCUCUUCCCCCGUAGUAUGGGGAACAAAGCUUGUUGUUGGCUGUAGAAAUGAUUAUGUUUAUUGCCUAGAUUUGUAUAUAACAGGAAAAAAAGAACAGCUAAGAUGUUAG